GCUCGCCUAAUUUCCGUUUGCAAGCGGGGAGGUACAGUCCACGGCGUGCAGUCUGAGUCAUGGCGGGCCGGAAUGGCGAGAAUGACAGCGAUCAGCAGAAGUCGACCGAUCAGCAGAAUUCGACCGACGCCAAGUACCGAGGCAGGGGCUCUGUCACAGUUGCAGUGGUCGACUAUUACGUGAAAGCUGUCGCAAAAGUUGUCACCGGCUGUCAUCGCUGACAGCUUGAGCAGCUAGUAAUCCCUCGCGUGUGUCGACGAAAUGCUAGUUCGGGGAAUCGGUUAGGAGGGAAGCUCGAGGACUCGGCCGGAUGGAGAGGCACCGGUGGCAUAACCAAUACUUCUUGUACAUUGUGUAAUAUAGCCUGUGUGUUGCUGUGGAUCCAGCAGCGACGCGUCCGAGGAUCGACUGCUCCUUCGAAUCUCGGACUUGUAGGCAUGUGUCAAUCUGCUUAUAACGUCGCCGAGAGUUUCUGAUGUCCCACACCUGGGGACUGGGUUAUGGGAGCUGGCGGCGGGAGGGCAGACGAGGGGCGACGCAGUGUAGUUCCUGCGCAACAAGCGAUGGGAGCGUAUCACAUAAAGCCUGGAGGACUUCUACGGAAAUGAGGUAGCAUAUGUGUUUGGCAGUUAGAAGAGGAUAGAAGUACAUGACGCCUGGCGCUGCACAGAGAUUUUGAUGUGUUUGUACAUUAAUACUAUGUAAAUUUCGUUAUAAAGGCCCAUCACAGUGUCUAUGAAAUGACAGUGUGGAUUGCAAGUAC